AUGCACUAUGGCUCAGGAGAACCCUUAGAUGAUAUUCUUACCGAAGAAGAAUUAAGUAGAAAUCAAAAUUUAUUUUUAAAAAAAUUGGAAAAAGUUGAUCGAAAAGAACUUGAAUGUACUACAAAUGUACAAAGUCAUAGCGAAACCUGGUACAAUGAAACAAGUUGCCGAAAAAAAGUAUUUAGUCUUCUUUAUGGCUCAAAAAUUACAUCAAGAGGAAUUUCUCAUGCUGCAAGUCCUGAUGGUUUGGUUGGAGAAAAUGGAGUAGUAGAAAUAAAAUGUCCAACUGUGGCAAUAAAUUCCUUAAACGCCGUUGACGCUGUGAAUAAUAAGCUAUUAAAAUACUGCAACAUCACGAAUGACAACAGAAUUGAACUUGAACGCGACCAUAAAUAUUAUUAUCAAGUUAUGGGACAAAUGCGCAUAACAAAUCGCAGACUGUGUUAUUUUGUAGUGUAUACCCCUAAUUGGACAAGUAUACAGGAAAUUAAAUAUGACGAAAUAUUUUGGAACACAAAAAUGGCCGAAAAACUUAUAAGGUUUUAUAUGGAGUGUUUACUACCGGAAAUUGUCGACCCACUUUAUAGUAAAAGCUUCGAAAUCACGGAUAUUAGAGAACCCAAAUAUAAAAAGGAGGCACAAAGAAAAAAAUUAAAUUAA